UUGCAUUGCGACGUGACAUGUGCGAGCCGACGGAGUGACGGAUUCUGUAAAUAAAUUCAUGAAUUGCUUUGUUAGACAAAAUGCAACACGACGACGUCAUUUGGAGUAUCAUCAAUACGACCUUCUGCUCUUUCAAGGUCAACACCAAGGUCCGCACGCAGCAGUUCUGCAGGAAUGAAUACAACCUAACGGGAUUGUGCAAUCGAUCCUCCUGUCCAUUGGCCAAUAGCCAGUAUGCCACCGUCAGAGAAGAGAAUGGUGUGUGCUACCUGUACAUGAAGACGAUAGAGAGGGCGGCGUUUCCAGACAAGCUGUGGGAGAAGGUCCGUCUGUCGAAGAACUACGAGAAAGCCCUGGUCCAGAUUAACAGGCAUCUCAAGUUCUGGCCAGGCUUCAUCAAGCAUAAGUGCAAGCAACGCUUCACCAAGAUCACCCAGUACCUGAUCCGCAUGCGCAAGCUGGUGCUUCGAAGACAAAAAAAAAUAGUGCCCCUUGCUCGGAAAGUGGAGAGAAGAGAAUCUCGUAGAGAAGAAAAAGCCUUGAUUGCUGCCCAACUGGACAAUGCUAUCGAGAAAGAACUACUUGAUCGCUUAAAAUCUGGAACGUAUGGCGACAUUUACAACUUCCCGACCCAUGCUUUUGAUCGCGCUCUUGAAGGAGAGGAAGAGGAUGAAGAAGAAACUGAAGCAGCCGCUGAGAGAGAAGCCGAUGCAGCUGAAGAGGAGGAGGAGUUAGAAGAAGAAGUUGAAUAUGUUGCAGAUGAGGACUUUGAUGAGAGUGAUCUCAGUGAUUUUGAGGACAUGGAUAAACUAAGGCCUCGGGGAUACACCACCAGCUCAUCAUCCUCAGACGAUGACGAGGAUGAAAGUGACGAUGAGGAAGAGAAGGAAAAGGCCUCAUCGUCUAAGAAACUUGUGAAAUCAAGGAGGAAACGUGCCAAGGUGGAAAUAGAGUAUGAGCAGGAAUUAGAUCAACCAUCCUCGUCCAAGAAGAAGAUUAAAAGUCGAUGAUGAAGACCAAUAUUUGAUUGAUGUGUACAUAAGGACUUAUAGUACUUCCAUUGUAAAGGACUAUAUUACAUCAACAUAAAGAAAUUUCAAAAUGAAUAUAAAUGAUUAUAGUCAGGUCCAUUGAUCUUCACUCCAUUUCAGGCUGUGCGCAUCUGUUGAGCAAAGUCAGAAAACCAAUAUGUAUAUCUGUCGAUAUAUAUAUCUUCUAUCAACAAGAGCAAGCAAGAAAGUUGUAUAAUUAAUGAAUGAAGACAUAUCUUUUGAUCCGGUUUGUGUCUCACCUGCAUAGUAGAAGCAAGAUAUUUGCUUUCACAUUUGUUCCCAAACACUGAAGAUUGUAUAUAAGGAGUAUCAAGUAUCAGCCACGAUGCAAGUAAAAUUUCAGGUAAUUGAUAUAAAGUCAUCUCAAGUUGGAACGGUCAUUAAAAACUGCUUACUGGUUUUGAAUUAUCUUGUAAGAGUUUUCAGAUAUUAUAUAUGGUCAGUGGUAUAGGAACAUUACAGGCCAACAUUUUGGCAUUGCGUGGUACCAUAAUCUUUUGUUAAGUUUGGUUCAUAGAGCCCUUACAUUGGUGAGCAUGUAUGGAUGUGUCAAGUACUAGUAGUCUACUUUCAAGUCACAUUUCUGUCUACAGAGGGUGUAAUAAUCCUUUGAUCUAUAUUGAUAAAAGAAGGAAUUUGAAGAUCAUAAUUUGAUAUAGUGUGAACUAAAUGUUAUGGGGGAUCAUGAUACACUAUUGCUUGGUACACUUAAAGAGAUGCAAAGAUUCGUUCGGUCAAUACACAAUUUCAGUAUCAUGUUAACACUGGCACACACCACACGAUCCAUUGCGAUCUCAAUUUCAUGAGUGUUGUUACAGAGUACCGAAGUGUGACGUCAUCACUUUUCGUUUUUUGCAUUUUGGCGUUUUUGAUACCAUAUUUUAAUAGAGCAUGGUGAA